GCCUGGUUUCGCGUUUUUGUGAACAUAUUGACCAUCUGUGGUUGCCGUACCUUGUUUGCUACUGAAAAUGCUUUGUGUAUCUGCGUACAAGUGACUGUAAAUAUCGUCUCACAUUCAACUUUUGCUCUAUUUUCGUACAUGUGUUUGAGAUGGCAAAUGAUAGGCUAAGAGCUCUGGAAGAUGUGGAGAAGGAGAUCGCGUUAGUUCUGCAGAGCGCUGGAACUAUUGUGCUGGAGCUUUCCAAAGAGAAGUCCAAUGCAAGUUUGUUAGACAGACAGCUGAAUCAGUUCCAGACUUCAAUCAGCAGAGUGGAGAAUGAACUCAGUGCACAGAUCCGAUAUCUGACACAGGUGGCAACGGGUCAACCCCAUGAGGGAUCAACAUAUUCAGCCAGAAAGGACUGCCAGAUGGCCCUGAACCGAGCAGAAUAUGCCCGUGUUAAACUAGGAGAACUGGGACGCACCUGUGAAAUGAUGCUUGAUCCACAGACUUAAAAUAAAGUAUUGUAUGGAUGGAC